UUCCCAAGAAGCAGUCGCUUCAAUGAACUGGGACUCCUUCUGUUCCAGAGCCACUACCUGGACUUGGAAGAGCGUUGGGCGAGGCGAAUACCUAUGACUUAGGUAGUCUGGCCACUGAACUAAACAACUCUGAAGCGUCUGUAGAUAGUCCACUUUGACAAGAUGCCCUCUAGGAGUGCAAGAGAAAGCACACCUGGGCUAGAGAGGCGAGGAAAGAGACUGAUUGACCUCCAUAAAGAGCACUUGGAAAGGUGACUUAAGACAAGGAAUUUCCCAGUGGCUCUGGGUGUGCCCUGAGGAAAGUGGGAGGCAGGACCCCUAAGAUACUGAUGGCCAGCCGUAGGUUCUUCUUCAUUCUUGGCAUUUCCUGAAAACGCUCUAGAAAAAUCAAAGGAUUUCGUCUACCCCACCUAUCAUUUUUCUACCUGCUUUAGCAAAGGCAAGUCGAGGCAGAUGUCACAGGUUCUUGUCUGGGACUGAAGGUGACCGUGCCGUCAUACACUGUCCACGGCAUCAGGGGACAGGCCCUCUACCUUCCAGUGCACUAUGGCUUCCACACUCCAGCAUCUGACAUCCAGAUCAUAUGGCUGUUUGAAAGAUCCCACACAAUGCCCAAAUACUUGCUAGGCUCCGUUAAUAAGUCUGUGGUUCCUGACUUGGAAUACCAGCACAAGUUCACCAUGAUGCCACCCAAUGCAUCUCUGCUCAUCAACCCGCUGCAGUUCACCGAUGAGGGCAAUUACAUCGUGAAGGUCAACAUCCAGGGGAAUGGAACUCUGUCUGCAAGUCAGAAGAUACAAGUCACUGUCGAUGAUCCUGUCAUGAAGCCAAUGGUUCAGUUCCAUCCUGCUUCUGGGGCUGUUGAGUAUGUGGGCAACAUUACCUUGACCUGCCAGGUAGAAGGAGGUACCAGGCUGGUUUACCAGUGGCGAAAAAGUGGGAAACCCAUUUCCAUCAACUCCAGCCACUCUUUUUCUCCCCAAAACAACACCCUUUGGAUUGUUCCAGUGACAAAAGAAGACAUUGGAAACUACACCUGCCUCGUGUCAAACCCCGUCAGUGAGAUGGAAAGUGAUAUCAUUAUGCCCACCAUAUAUUAUGGACCUUAUGGACUUCAGGUUAAUUCUGAUAAAGGGCUAAAAGUGGGAGAAGUAUUCACUGUUGACCUGGGAGAAGCUGUCCUCUUUGACUGUUCAGCUGAUUCUUAUCCCCCUAACACCUACUCCUGGAUCCAAAGAUCUGACAAUACUACACAUGUCAUUAAGCAUGGGCCUCAUUUAGAAGUUGCAUCUGAGAAAGUGGCCCAGAAGACAGCUGACUAUGUGUGCUGUGCUUACAACAACAUCACCGGAAGACGCGAUGAAACUCGAUUCACAGUCAUCAUAACUUCCGUAGGACUGGAGAAGCUUGCACAAAGGGGAAAAUCCCUGUCCCCACUAGCAAGUAUAACUGGAAUAUCACUGUUUUUGAUUAUAUCCAUGUGCCUUCUUUUUCUGUGGAAAAAAUAUCAACCUUACAAAGCUAUAAGACAGAAGCUAGAAGGCAGACCAGAGUCAGAAUACAGAAAAGCUCAAACAUUUUCAGGCCAUGAAGAUGCCCUGAGUGACUUCGGGAUCUACGAGUUUGUGACUUUUCCGGAUGCAUCUGGUGUUUCCAGGAUGUCAAGUAGGUCUUCCCCUGCCUCUGAUGGUGUAACAGGGCAAGAUAUUCACGGAACAAUUUAUGAAGUCAUUCAGCAUAUCCCAGAACAACAGCAAGAAAAUACAGAGUGAGAUUCAAUGGGCAAAAUAGUAUAUUGGAGUAAAAUCACAAAGAAACAUUUUGAAAGGAAACAUCUGGAAUCUGUGAAAAAUACAAUCCUAGCAACCUUCAGUUACAUCUUGAUGCAGAGUAGAGGCGCCUGUGCAGACUGAAGGCUGGUUUUCUGACGUGCGCAAUGGGCUGUGUGACAGAGGAACACCGUAGGAAUAUUCUUCCGUGGACAGUUUAUCACCCAGACUGGGAGGAAGAAGAGAACGAAGCUCCCUAGUUACUUGCUACUGAAACUUCCAAGCGUUCCAACUGGGGCUCGCCCAUGCUCCUCCACUCGGAUCAGUGAAGCACUACUCUGUGUCACCUGCAAACUCCGGGGUUUCACCUUGGUAGAUGUUCGCAAUAAGCUUUGUUUUAUUAAGUGCUCAUUACUGUUAUGAAAGUAAAACCACCUUUUUUUUCCCUUUGUCCCAAAUUGAUUUCUUGUUGUUUGUGUCACAAAAAAUUAAGGAUGCUUAACACAGAGGUAAGACUGUGCCUUUUCCCUGGCUCUCAGUGAACUUUGGUAUCAACAGUGUAUUUGGAAAGACAGGCAAAAUGGUUUUUUGUUUGUUUGGUUGGUUUGUUUUGGUUGGUUUGUUUGGUUGUUUUGUUUGGUUUGUUAAAAUCUCAUUUUGAUUUUUGUUCAAAGAAAGAAAAAAUUGAAAUAAAGUAUUCUGUUUGCCUUUUUA